UUGACAUCCCAUUGUGUUGGUUUGUGAACUUGGAUACCUAUUUUGGCGGAUGAAACUAUGGUCGCUGAGGACCUGGAGCCUCCUAUGCUUGGCCACUUUCUCCGGGGGCAUCCGGACGCAGUCCACGGCGGAGCUCUUGAGGCAGGUGUUCUUCAGCAAUGAAGAAGAGGAGACAGCUUUUAGCAGUGCCACUCCAAGCAGUCCGGCCUGGACCAGGGUACCGCCCAGGGGCUGCCAGGCCAACUCUUCGAAGACUUCACAGUUAGAAGGGCAGCCAUUCAUGGCUCCACCCACAGGCACCGUCCUCCACGGCUGCAGCGGCAAGUCGUUGGAUGUGGUCUUGCCCUGCGAGGUGGCUUCAAAAGAGGCGAAUGGUGUCCCGGUGCAGCCAGCGAUUCCGUGGCUCUUGCGUGAGAUGUUAGGCUUCUUCGACUUGAACGUGGCCUGUCUGGAAGAUUUACACCGCAUCAUCACAUCGCCGAGCCGUGCACAACAGCAGCUCAUCGCCAAAUACGUCCACCCGGGGAGCGUCUUUAUCCUGACCAGUAGCAAAUACUCCAUGGGUUUGGAUGUGGCUGCACAAACACAGCUGCGCCGGCUUAGCCUCAUUCACCUGGGGGAUCUGUCGCCCACGUGGGCACAUGCCUACCGGCGCUGGGGUUUUGUUUUUCGAACCUUCUGGACGGAUGAUUUGCACCACAGCUAUGAGAAGCUAGUGAAGGAGGGCCGCUUGACGUACCUCCCCCUGGGCCCCACGCCUCAACUGAUGUGGCACGGCGUUUCGCAGCUGCAGAACGCAUCACAGAGACCUGUGAAGAUCUACUUCGGCGGUUCGAGCCAGCAACGCCAGUCCCGCUUGCUGCAAGCUCAGAAGCUGCUGGGUAAGGACCUGGUACUGGAAAGCACGGGUGCCUCGAAGAUUCGAUCUGGCUAUGACCAGCACUACCUUCAUCAGCUCUUUAGCAGUGCCAUGUGUCUUCAAGUGCCGGGUCAAUCCAUAGAGAGUUUCCGGCUCUACGAGUCAUUGGAGGCCGGCUGCAUUCCCGUGGUGGUGCGCAGCUGGAGUCAGGGCGGUGAUCCCUUGGUGAAGCUGCAGGUGGGCGGUGAAGCCUUGCCAUUCCUCUAUGUCCAAGCACCUGAGGACUUGCCACAGGUCUUGCAGCUGACCGGCCUGCAGCUGGAUAUGCUACAAGCACAGUGCCAGGCUUGGUGGAUGCGCGCCCGGCAGACCUUCCGCGCCCGCGCGGUCAACGCCUUGCAACCAGCCAGGCCGAGUCCGAGCACGAGGGGACUCGAGCUGAAGUGGUGGAGCGGCUGCGUGGUGCUGUACCUAGCAUUCUGCGCGGCGGCCAUCGUCUUCUUUGGGACGCAAGCAAAGGAGGCAUCGAGCCGAGCCACUGUAGAGAUGUCUGUGGAGGCUGUGAGGCUUGUGCUGGUGAUGAUGAUCAUCACGGACCAUUUCUGGCUCGGAAGUUUGCAGCUCCAGCGGGAGGAGUGGUCCAUCUGGAAGUUGCUGGUCAUCAGUGGCUUCUUGACCGCCCGAUCUGAAGUGCGUCCGUGGCAGAGGUACCUCCACCAUCGCUUCGUUGGUGCCAACAGCCGCCGGCUGCGCUGGUACCUGCUGGCCAUGGCCACAGCCACGGUGGCCACGGGGCGCCCCGACGUCUUGUGCUAUGCUGGGCUGCAUACCUGGCAGGUGCCAUGGCAUCCCCUCUGCAGCCCUGAGAAACAGCUCCACUGCCCGGCGUAUCGUUGGAAUGCGCCGCUGUGGCCACUGCCGGGGCUCUUUCUGUGCUGGUUCCUGUAUCCUUUGAUCUCCAUGGCACUGGAGCGUCUGCAGCGUUUGGAGCGGGCGCGGGCAAUGCCCAUGAUAGCCUCGUUGGUGUUUCUGCUGAGUAGUGCCGGGUGCUAUUGCCUUUCGAUGGCCUUUUUGGAGCUGCCUUUCCAAAGUUUCCCGCCCUUGAUGCUGGCGCCCUUUUGCUUUGGCAUUUUUGCUCAUGAAUGGCUCUGCACCCUGAAGCUGAACGACGCGGUGACUGAGCAACGGCGCUAUCGGCUGCAAAUGGCUUUGCCGCUGUCGCUGCUGCUGCAACAACUCAUUCCAGGCGUCCCUGGUGGUUGGAACCUGCCUUUGCUGCUGCCGCUCUUUCUACCCCGGCGCUGCAAAAAGGCGGCACUUGCGCCUGCUGCCGAAGCCGAACGCUGGGACUCCUUGAGGAGCUGGGUGGUGAAAUUGGGGCGCUGCAGCCCCACUUGCUACAUGUUCCAGCUCCCGGUGGCGCAGCUGCUCUUGUACAUCUUCGAGUUCCUGGAUUGCGCGGGCAUUGCUCAUCCCUCGCAGGUGCGCCAUGGAAAGGUGAGUGCCCCAUAUCCUCAGAUGAAGAACUACAGUUUUCUCAUCUAUUUGAUGAUCUUGUGGUCCGUGGGCCUCCUCUCAUCACAUUGGCCUGCGCUUCCGAGUGAAGAUCAAGCGCGGUGACGGGC